AUGUACUUUCGAAAUCUGCUCCUGGCGACGGCAUCGCUGCUCGCCGUCGAGGCAGGCGUUCUCCGCUUCUCCUGUUCCCAGCUCGUCGUCGACCGCCUCGAUCCGCUCGUAAACCCCGGCCAGCUUCCAUCGCCCCAUCUUCACCAGAUCGUCGGAGGAAACUCCUUCAAUGUCACGAUGGAUCCCACCAAGGACAUCUCCGUCACGUCAUCUUGCACGACGUGCCAGUUUAGCGAGGAUCUGUCCAAUUACUGGACGGCCGUCAUGUUCUUCAAGGCUCGCAACGGGACGUAUCGUCGCAUCCCACUGAUGGGGAACAUUGGCUUUGAGCAGGCGAACGGCGGCGUUACUGUUUAUUAUUUGAACAGCGCGCGUGGUAAUGCCAAGGUUACCGCUUUCCCGCCUGGCUACCGGAUGCUCGUCGGUGAUGCCAACUAUCGCACCAAGGAAGAGGCUCAAAGGUUCCGCCAGCUCACGUACACUUGCCUCACCAGCCCGGGUACCCGAAGCGGCGAGACGCUCGAGUUCCCCAACAAGCCGUGUCCCUAUGGCAUCAUGGUCAACGUCCGCUUCCCAACCUGCUGGGACGGCAAAAACCUCGAUAGCGCUGACCACAUGAGCCACGUCUCCUACCCCGAAUCCGGCACCUUCGAAAGCGGCGGCCCCUGCCCCGCCACCCACCCCAUCAAGGUGCCCCAAGUCUUCCUCGAAGCCAUCUGGGACACCCGCCCCUACAACGACAAGGCCCUCUGGCCCGAGGACGGCAGCCAGCCCUUCGUGUGGAGCUUCGGCGACGACACGGGGUAUGGGAACCACGGGGAUUACGUGUUCGGAUGGAAGGGGGAUGCGUUGCAGAGGGCUAUGGAUGCCAAUUGUAAUGUGAAUUGUCCGACGUUGAAGAGUCAGAGCUUGCAGGAGGGGAAUAAGUGUGCGGUUCAGCCGAUGGUGAAUGAGGAUAUUGAUGGCUGGCUUACAUCACUUCCUGGAAUGGGGGGAGCUGAUCACAUUCACAAAUAA